UGUUGCGUUUGUUAGCAUAACGCUAUCGGGCGUAAGUGUCAAUGUUGUGUUUGUUAGCAUAACGCUAUGGGGCGUAAGUGGCAUUGUUGCGUUUGUUAGCGGAACAUUCGGACUGUGAUAGCGAAUGGGAGGCCAGCUGUAUAAAAGCAGAGUCCCGUUGGACAAGGGGGCACGCUGAUCGUGAGACUUCCAGAGAUCACAAUGAAGUGGGCUUUGGUGUUUCUGGGCCUGGUGGCCCUGUCUGACUGCCUGACUAAGGUCCCUCUGAUCCGAGGGAAGUCAAUGCGGCAGUCGCUGAUGGAGCAGGGCAGACUGGAGGAGUUCCUGCAGAAAUACCCCUAUGACCUGGCCUCCAAAUACACCAACCUCAUGUCCAACAUGCCCAUGUACAACUACAUGGAUAUUGAAUACGUCAGCGUCAUCAGCAUUGGAACGCCCCCUCAGUCAUUCCGGGUUCUCCCCGACACUGGAUCUGCCAAUCUGUGGGUGCCCUCAAUUUACUGCAACAGCCAAGCCUGCUCUAACCAUAACAAAUUCAACCCUGGCCUCUCCUCUACCUUCCGGGCCCUGAAUACGCCUGUGUCCGUCCAGUACGGGACCGGAAGCAUGACUGGUUUCCUGGGAUACGACACAGUCAAUGUUGGUGGCAUUGCCGACACAAACCAGAUGUUCGGCCUGAGUCAGACGGAGCCUGGGACUUUCUUGUACUACAGCCCCUUUGAUGGCAUCAUGGGCCUGGCUUACCCUACCAUUUCUGCCUCCAGCUCCACCCCCGUCUUUGACAACAUGAUGAAUCAGGGUCUGGUGGCUGAGGAUGUGUUCUCCAUCUACCUAACCCGCGAUGGGGCUACAGGCAGUGUUGUGACCUUUGGUGGAUAUGACUCCAGCUAUUACACUGGGCAGAUCAACUGGGUGCCCGUCACCGUCCAGGGCUACUGGCAGAUUGCAAUUGAAAACGUGAUGGUUAACGGCCAGGUGGUGGCCUGCACUCAGGGCUGUCCCGGCAUCGUGGAUUCCGGAACCUCGCUGAUCGCUGGCCCUCCCUCUGACAUCAGCGUCAUUCAGCAGUACAUCGGAGCAACUGCCACUAACAACCAGUAUUCCAUUAACUGCCAGAGCAUGGGUUCCAUGCCAGACGUGACCUUCACCAUCAACGGCAUGAUGUACACACUGUUACCCAGUGCCUACGUCAGACAGAUGAACGGACAGUGCACCAGCGGGUUCCAGUCCAUGUCCAUGCCCACUGCCCAGGGAGACCUCUGGAUCCUGGGAGACGUCUUCAUCCGACAGUACUACGCCGUCUUCGACCGCGGGAACAACAGGGUUGGGCUGGCCGCGGCCGUCUGA